AUGGCUGGGCAUAAGGGGGGUGUCCAAGCCAUCCUUAAGGGCACCUUUCAAAACGCCAUCUACGUGCACUGUCACUCUCAUAGGUUAAACCUCGUCCUGUCAACUGUGGCCCGGACAUCGCUGGAUGCUUCUACUUUUUUCGACACUCUCAACACCUUGCACACCUUCAUGUGCGGCAGCGAACGUCAUGCCCGUUUCCUUAACGCGCAAAGAGAGAUGCGGCCCGAUCAGAGGUCAUUGGAAUUGAAGCGAGGGUGUGACACCAGGUGGGAUUCAAGAUCAGCCGCAGUGACAAAAGUUUUCAUUCUGUAUGAUGUUAUCGUGGAGGUGCUGGCACAGUAUGCGGAAGACGGGGGACAGAGUGAGAUUGAGGCACAGUCACUACUUCAGCAGAUCAGAACAAAAAAGUUCAUAUUCCUCCUUGUACUUUUCAAACAAUUGUUCAGUAAAUCAGACUUCACAUCUAAAAGCCUCCAGUCCAUCGAUACAUCAGUGACAGACACGGUUGAUUUGAUCGAGAACCUCAAACAAGAACUGACAGACAUUCGCUCCGGUGACUCUGCGUUCUCAAAUAUGUUAGCAACAACAAAUAAGAUGAUGGAGGAUCAUGAUGUCGAGAACUGGGAUGUCAUCACUUUGCCCCGCUCAAGAAAGCUCCCAGGCCGAUUUGAGGGAAGUAUUGUCACAUGCACGUUGGGGAAAUCGACAAGGGUGAGGGGUGAUAGUGACCUGCGCAACAUUUCCAACAUGCUAAUAGACUGCCAGCUUAAUGAACUGAACACUCGAUUCAACAGUGACACCUAUGGCCUCAUGGCAUCUGCUGCAAUCCUGAUGUCCCCUAGCCUUGAUACAAAUGACACCAGCUUGGCCACUAUAACGAAGUCUCUCAAUGAUACAGGGAAGCGCUCCCACGGAACUUUAAAUUUUCCAUUAAGCUAUUCCAUUUUUUUCUUCCCAAACAGGCGAUCUUGGGAUGCGUGCAGAGAAGUGCCGAUCAUUCAAGAUGAGCAGAAGCCAAAUAAACGAGUGCAGUGUUUGAAAUGGUUCUCGUGUGCCAUUGUUGGCGUACUUGUCUUUGCCCUUACGCUGCUCAGUAAAACAUCAUUUUUGCUUUUGAUAACAUUUGGGAACAAUAAAACUGAGACUAUAUGUUCAGAAAAGAAGCCGGCCGCCCUACUUGGCAUUGGCUUUGUUCUGGUUGGGCCGAGUGUUCUCCUUUUGCUAAAAAGCACAUGGAAGUUCAUUUUCAAGAGUGCAGUCAUGCCCUCUAAAAAAACAUUUUUUUGGGUCCUGUGUGUUGAGUUCCUGGUAGCAUUGGGAGCUGCAAUUCUAACAAUAGUAGCCAUGCCACACUUUGACAUUGUCACUAAUGUGAUGAUCCUAAACAGUGUGAGCAUCCUGUCAGCAGUGUUCCAGGUUGUCGCUGAGUACCUCGCCAAAGAGAGGAAGCGGCUUAUAAUCCCCGUAUGCUCCAUUUUCUUAAUCAUCCUGGGUUAUGUGCUUUUUGUAGUCAGUUAUCUGUCAAUCGAAAGUUCCCCUCAGAUAAGAAUAUCAAUUGGCCUUGCCAUCGUGGGGACCAUCUGUGUUUCUGUGAACUGGUGGGAAAACUACAGCACGCUCUUCUCCAUCUCAACUCUAGAUGACAUUUCCAAAGACAUCGCUCAGUCCCGUAAUGUGGUGUGCAUCAUCUCCAGUUUGAUGAGAAUCCUGAUUACUUCAGCUGUGGUUGGAGCUUAUGUUCCUCUGUCUGGUCAGAACUGGAUAUCGGUCAAAUCCGUCUUCGAAACAGUUAUCAUUUCAUUGGUUGCGCUCCAGAUUUUAUCCUCUGCGCUGUGCCACUGGUUUGUAGUUGUGGCUUGCAAGAUGCACUCCCUGCACCGCAGCUUCGCCUUGCCCAUUUACAUGGCAUCGAUUGCAGUUUUGGCAGUGUUUUUGAUUCCACUUGCGUUUAAACCCCCAGAGUUUAAUCAAACUUCUACUUGUAUUGAGAACAUUCAGUCGAAAUCCAGUGAUACAUUGUUGCGGUUGAUGUUCAAUGAUGCUACAAAAACUCUACGUGCCAGGUACAUUGGGGAAAAAAUUAGAACAGAAGGACUAGCAUUUUUGAUCUGCUCUGCUCUGAGCUGGUGGUUGGGACUCAUGCUCAGUACAUUUUACAUCUGGUUCCUGAAGUUCCAUCGAAUAGAAAGAACCCAAGAUCUGUUCGUGCGACGCAUGUAUGAAGGAGCGUUUCUGGAACAGUCCAUGUUGCUGAACAUCCGUUUUGAAACCAGAAAGAGAAUCAAGGAGAAACGCGCAAAAGAAACCAUCAGAGUGUUUCUGUGUGCAACGAUGUGGCAUGAGACCUACGAUGAAAUGAUGAAGAUAAUCAUCUCUAUGUUCAGGCUCGAUAAAUACAGGCCCAAGACCAACAAACCAAGCGAUGUCAAGUUUGAAUUCCAUAUUUAUUUUGAUGACGCUUUCACGGAUGUUGAUAAUGGAAGGCAGCGGCAUGCAAAUGAAUACGCUGAAAUUCUUGCGGAUGUAAUUAAAGAAGUUUACACUAUUUUUAGUGAGGAGGAUCCAUGUAUAUUCAAGCAGACGCCACCACUACCAAGGCAGAAGAUCAUAAACACGCCCUAUGGAGGUCGUCUGGAAUACACCCUUCCUAAAGGCAAUGUGAUGAUGGUUCACCUCAAAGACAAGCAACUUAUUCGUCACAAAAAAAGAUGGUCUCAGAUAAUGUACUUGUAUUACAUUUUUGGUUGGAGACUUAACAGACAGUACUUCAAAAUGUUUGAGGAAGGAGAAGGACUGGAUGGCCUUAAGGAGAAACUGAAGAGAGAGAAGGAGAACACGUAUAUCUUGGCCCUGGAUGGGGAUACUGAUUUCCAGCCGUCCGCAGUCAUGCUGUUAAUUGACAGACUGAAACUCUACCCGGAGGUUGGGGCUGCCUGUGGCAGGAUUCAUCCAACAGGCACAGGGCCCAUGGUGUGGUAUCAGAAGUUUGAAUAUGCGGUAGGCCACUGGCUGCAAAAGACUGCAGAGCACGUGUUCGGCUGUGUACUGUGCAGCCCUGGAUGUUUCAGUCUUUUCAGAGGAGCCGCACUCAUGGACGACAACGUCAUGAAGAGGUAUACAACUAAAGCAAGUGAAGCCAGCCACUACGUCCAGUAUGAUCAAGGCGAGGACCGCUGGUUAUGCACUCUGCUUCUGCAGCAGGGGUGGAGGGUUGAGUAUAAUGCAGCAUCUGAUGCCUACACCAAUGCGCCUCAGGAUUUUAAAGAGUUCUACAACCAGCGCAGACGCUGGGGACCUUCUAGCAUGGCCAACACCAUCGACCUCUUGGGCUCAGGAGGACUGACCUCUCAGAGGAACAGCUCUAUCUCAAAACUUUACAUCUUGUACCAGGUUAUCAGCAUGGCAGCUUCAAUCUUGGGCCCUGCCACCAUCUGUCUCAUGAUAUCAGGAAGCUUUGUGUUCGUUUUGGAAAUCAAUGAAAAUAUUGCUCUUGCUUUGGCCAUAGUGCCCCCUAUUGUCUAUCUCAUCUUGUGCUACAAAGUGACAUCUGACAUGCAGAUUAAAAUUGCAGCAAUUAUGAGUGUGUUCUACGCAUUUCUCAUGACGGGAACAGUUCUCUCUAUCAUAGGGGAUUUAGUUAGGCAAAGAACUUUUCUGACCCCCAGUGGUCUGUUCCUCAUCGGCAUGGUGGGGUUGUACACCAUUACGGCAGCUUUACACCCUCAGGAGUUCUCACUGGUCAUCUAUGGGUUGCUAUACUUCCUCUGCAUUCCCAGCGGGUAUUUACUCUUGGCCAUUUACUCUAUGGUCAACAUGAACAAUGUCACGUGGGGCACUCGUGAAACCGGCGGCCAGGCUAAGACUACAGCAGUCGACACCAUCAAGAAGAAGGUCAUGAAUGCCACAUGUUGCAAAUGUCCAUGUUUGGAAUCUGAAAAAGAUUUGCGCAAGCAGAUACUACCUGCAGAAACCAUAACAGAAACUGAAAAGCCACACAUUCCUUUGGAAACACAAAGGUAA